UCCGCCAUUUUGUACGUCAGACCAAAAAUUCCGCCAGAGCUUGAAUAUAAUUACGAGUAUUGUCGUUAAUAAGAAAACUUCAAAGCAAUUGUAAUACAAAAGCAUAUAAGCAAUGGCUGGUAACCCCGAUGAGAAUAAUGAAGACCCCAAAAGUGAAGUGCCACCUGAGGAGGAUGACCAACUGACAGCAUACAUUGAAAGAUAUGUAACCAGAAUGUGCUACGAUAAUAAUCUCCGUACCACCCUGACCGAUGAAAAGAACAAGAAAGUCCAUUUCGUGAUCGAUAGGAAGUACAGCGCUUUGAGCUACUUGACCCAAGUCGACAAUGCCCAAAAUCUUGUGGCCAACCUCCUGUUUUUGCACUCCAGGAACGCAAAUAUGCUGAAGGGUCUCAGUCAGGUGGUCAACGCCAAAAGGAACUUAUUCCAGGCCUACGAUGUCUACUGCAAGAAGGCUUUCGGGGUCAAGGCCGACAAGCAGAAGCAGAGGAAAUGCUACGAUGAGUUCACCGGGAUGAACUAUCACAAUCUGAAGCAGAUCAUUAUAAACACUAAAAAAAAGGUGAAAGAAAUCCGCGAGAAGACGGCUUUAAAAUCCGUAGAGCUGAAGAAGAAGCGAGAACUCAUUAAGGCCAGCCAGAAGUCAAUCAAUAAUAACAUCCGUGUUCUAAGUCGGAUCGAACGGGACGCCACGGUAAUUAUCGAAGAUUUAAAAUCCAAACUUUCUGCAAUGCAAGUCCAGCAAAAGGCAAAUAACAUUUGAACAGUCACCAAAAAUUCAUUGGAUUUGAGGCCCACAAUCAAAAAUACCACAUCUUCUAAUAAAUAAUUGCGGAAAUCCUUAAAUUUCUUUCACGUUGCACAAAGUAUUUGAUAAAUGAAUAAAGUACUUCAAAGAA